AUGGACAUUGGAUUUGUUUCGACAACGGAUAGCAGUACACCAUUCUCCGAUAAUUCGGCGUAUCGGAGUCUCGUUGGUGCCCUAUUGUACGUAGCGGUAUGUGCUCGACCCGACGUGGCCGUGAGCGCAUCCAUCCUUGGUCGAAAGGUAUGUGCACCCACAGAAAAUGAUUGGAACGCGGCUAAAAGGGUCCUCCGUUUCCUGUACUCAACCAAGAGCGCACGUUUGGAGUACAACAACGAAGCCGGUCUUGUCGGGUUUUCGGAUGCCGACUGGGCGGGUGACAUCAACACUCGUUGUUCAACUACUGGGUUCGUCUUUCUAUACACCGGAGGAGCAAUUUCUUGGGGCAGCAGGCUUCAACAUUAG